AUGACGCAGAUGAUGAAGAAGGCCAGCUUGUUUGUGGCGGGGGGGGGGCCGAUCGCCUUGGUGAAGGCGAUUAACCCGUCCAGCGUGGCGGGCACCACGGAGGUGGACACCCUGGCGAACGGGGACGCCAAGGCCGGCAGCUGGCGCGGGUCUCAAUCCGCUGACGGCUCCACUCCGAUGGGUGACAACGAAGCCGACAAGACGGCGAGCGCGUUUACACAGAAGCAGCCCCCGGCGGACGCCUUCGCUCCCCACAAGUGUUGGGCUCCGGGAAUCCUUUCAGCGGGGCCGUGUAAGUGCAUUCCGGGACAAAAGGGAGGAGAGCCGGCGCGCUGUGAGUUGCGCGAAAGGAAGGAGGGAGAUACAACGACGACUUGCUUGGAGAGCUGGAGCAGUGUGUUGGGCCUAGCUUGUACAACCACGUAUAAGGAUGUAAAACCCCCGGACACGAAAAUUCCGGUUAAGCCUGACCAUAAGCUAUUGAUGCAAGUCGCGCGACAAAUAGUAACCGAGGCCAGCUACGGGUACGGCACAGCAAGACAAACAGCCUCUACUUCUUCUACAUCGAGGAAAGCAAGCAAAGACAAGAAAAUGAACAAUUAGCGUUUUAGAUCCUUUUCUUUCCUUUUAUUUUUUUACCCUCUCCUUCUGUCUUUUUACAUUAUAUUGUAAUUUCUGGCCUGCGAAACAGCAACAUAGGCUGCGUAACCCGCGCGUCUCACCAUCAGAAGUGCGAGCUGCGAAGGGCGGGGCGCACCACCUAAAGUUCUAAAAGUCUCCUCGCGCGAUAGAUAGAUAGAUCUUCCUUCAUCAGCAAUGUUGAAAGUCUCCCAGUCCAGGCGAUCAUGAUACUGAGGGGUCGAAAAAGGGAAUUCUAAGGCGAUAAUGUCGAACAGAGUAAAUUCAUCAGUAGACUAACCCUAACUAGAGAGGCGAAUGCGCAAUCCUCUCACCAGGACGCCCCUGCUGGUGGUGUCAACUCUACGGCGGUUUGUAGCUAAAGUCCUGUAGUGAGUGUUUUUAUCGGUGGACGCUUGCGAUGAGCCAAUGUUCGUAGGUACGCUACGCGACUUCUGUGAGUCCUCGCCCGAUGAUUUCUACAACAGGGCGCGCCUGCUACUGGUGGCUGCGCAUCGACCGCAUGCAUUAUAGCGGAUUUCGUGUGACGGAAAGCUGAAGCUCGUUGCUCAGGAGAGAAGAGUAUGUUCAAGAUCGAUGUCGUGUUGAUGCGAAUCGUGUGACAGUCAGACAUAGCCGCUGCAGAAAC